GACGUGUCAAAUUUACGGUUGCUGCUACUGCAGUUUGUUUACUGCUCUGCUAGAAACUUUUCGGUUCCUCUCUUGUGCGAGUGUUGCAAUCCCGAUAACAGUAACCAGAAUCAUAAUAUUUUCCUAAUAUAUGUGCUGAAAAAGUGAUAAUUGAAAUGUUACCGUUACCGAGCACAACAAGGGUGAUACGUUGGUUCAAAGUGUGAGAAGUAUUAAGCAAGAUUAUGUCUGUAGAUGACGAGCCCCACAUAAUAUGUUUCAAGCACUGCAGCAAUCACGUGUUCGUGCUCAAAGUACCUAUCCGCUGUCCUCUGUGCAACCAACCCCUAGAGCAGUGCGAAAAAUUUCUCCCGUUUAGUUUACCAUAUCCAUUCUCAAAUGCCAGCCAGUCACCGUGUUCCGUCGUACUUCGUCCGGCUGUUGGAGAUUUUCUCAGUGAUUUUCACAACAAUACCAACUUGCACAUAGCCCUUACCGAUUCCCAGGGUGCCAUCGUGGAGUUCGACAGUCCGGGACUGUUGCGCACCCGAAACGCUGACCGCAAGCUGUGGGGACAAUGUUUGCUGAUUUUAAGCGUUCCGGAGGCGUGGUUCUACCACUGGGAUAGUACAAUACAGCGCUUGAUAGAGGAGCAAGGCUGGCAGCAUAGGAUCUACGAUGACGAGAAGCUGAAUUGCUAUAGCUUCGUACUGGCAUUUUUGCGAUUACUGCUGUACGAACCGAUUGCAACGUUUAUUGACAAUGCUGAAACCUUUUCUAGACAAUUAAUAGUGCCAAAAACCACUCAAGCGGCUAAAUAUAUUACGAUUUAUAGGAGGAUAAAACAGUUCGGAAUUUUAUCAGAACCAGAUUUGUUGUGAGUGCUUAUCAAGCAACGUGUGUCUGAUUUGAUUCGUUUUUAUUUUAAUAGAACAGAGUUUGAGAGAUAUUCAUUAUAUGUAGAGUAUUUUGAACUUUAUCAAGAGAUGCAAAUUCGAUAUAUUUUACGAAGAGUCAGUAGGAACAAGGCAGACAGGUUCCGAAACCGGAAUGUGUCACUUUUUUUUAAUUUGAAUGUCCGGUAACCUAAUUCACAGGCUUCAUCUGUACGUUCUUGUGAAUGCUAAGUUCUCUGCCAUCCUACGUCAAUUCAUGAAACCGUAAUC